AUGCUUGACUACGAGGAGGCGGGGAAGAUCGGUAGGCCGGUGAAGAACACGCUGGAGACGGUUGUGGUCGGCUUUGGACUGUCGUUGUUUCAGAUUCUCGAUCUUGAAGAGAAGUCCCAAAUCCUGACCAUCAACGUCUGGAGCAAAUAUGUAGGCUGCCUUGUGGAUGUAACUAUUAUCUUUUAUUCUGAACCCUCCUUCGAAUAG